AUGUUCCGGAUGCUGCUGCCUUAUAAGAAAGGAGUGGAUACACAAAUGCAGGUAGUAAUCGGCCAUACAGAUAUUCCAUUGACAAAAGCACAGCCGGAAAGUACUCUGGGUAAUUUUAUGGCAGAUGCACAGCUAAUGGCUGCCCGGGUAUUAGAUCCUAAGGUAGAAGUAUCGGUCAGCAAUUAUGGUGGUAUCCGCGUACCCUAUAUUGAGGCAGGCCCGCUCACACGUGGAAAAAUAUUUGAGCUGAUGCCUUUUGACAAUAUGCUCAUCAUACUGGAGUUGCCGGGCACCAUCCUGAAACAGUUCUGUGAUCAUAUGGCGAUGAGCCGCGGAUGGCCGAAGGCAGCCGUUGGCAGUGGCUUGUUCCUGUUGGGUGGUUUUCCAUUCAACAGCCUUGCAGCAGCACCACUUAAAAAGCUGACGAUCCUUCAUACCAAUGAUGUGCAUAGCCGGCUGGAACCGUUCGGAGCUGACGGCGAGCAACCCGAUGCUGCAAUUGACAAGACUACGACUGCAGAUAAACCGGCCAGCAAUAGCUUUAGACUUAAUCUAUUCAUUUUCAACUGUAUUUUUUGA